AUGGCAAGUCUUCAAGAUAUUGCAGUUGCAGCUGGGAUCAAUGGUUUAUCUGCUCUUAUGUUUCUGAUGGUCUUUGCAAUGCUAAGACUUCAACCUAUAAAUGAUAGAGUCUACUUCCCAAAAUGGUAUUUAAAGGGCAUAAGGGCUAAUCCAGUAACUUCUGGAAACGCUGUAUCAAAAUUUGUGAACUUGGAUGCCGACAUGUACUUGAAAUUCUGGAAAUGGAUGCCUGCAGCACUAAACAUGCCCGAACCUGAACUUAUUGAUCAUGCAGGCCUUGAUUCUGCUGUAUAUAUUCGGAUUUACCUUCUUGGUUUGAAGAUUUUUGUCCCUAUAGCUAUACUUGCUUUUGCGGUGUUGGUACCUGUCAAUUGGACAAACGACACACUAGAGACUAUUAAUAAUUUAACAUACAGUAGUAUUGACAAACUAUCAAUAUCCAAUGUCCCAGCUGGUUCUGCAAGGUUUUGGGUACACAUAGGAAUGUCAUAUAUCUUCUCAUUUUGGACGUGUUAUUCACUGUAUGAAGAAUACAAGAUUGUGGCCAACAUGAGAUUGAAAUUUUUAGCUGGUGAAGGUCGUCGUCCAGACCAAUAUACUGUUCUUGUGAGAAAUGUCCCUCCGGACCCUGAUGAAUCAGUCACUGAGCAUAUUGAGCACUUCUUUUGCGUAAACCAUCCUGAUCAUUAUCUUACACACCAGGUAGUGUACGACGCAAAUUUACUUACAACUGUGGUGAAUAAUAUUAGAAGUAUGCAGAAUCGAAUAACCUAUUACCAGAACAAAUAUGAGAGGAACCCCACAAAAAGGCCAACUACUAAGACAGGUUUGUUAGGUAUCUUUGGAGAAACUGUAGAUGCAAUUGACUAUUACAGAGCUGAAAUUGAAAAGUUGCUUAAAGAAGAAGCUGCAGAAAGGGAAAAGGUUAUAAACGAUCCCACUUAUAUAAUUCCUGCUGCAUUUGUUUCAUUCAAGUCGAGGUGGGGAGCAGCUGUGUGUGCUCAAACAACACAAUCAAGUAAUCCUACCAUUUGGUUAACAGAAUGGGCCCCUGAACCACGCGAUGUUUACUGGGAUAAUCUUGCCAUACCAUAUGUUAAACUCACUAUUCGAAGAUUGCUCAUGGCUGUUGCUCUGUUUUUCCUUGUAUUCUUCUUUAUGGUACCGAUAUCUAUAGUCCAAAGCAUGGCUAACAUCGAGGGCAUUGAGAAAGUUUUUCCUUUCCUGAAGCCAGUAAUAAGAGAGGACACUGUCAAGUCCUUUGUUCAGGGAUUUCUUCCAGGAAUUGCACUGAAGUUAUUUCUUAUUGUUCUUCCAACAAUUCUCAUGACAAUGUCCAAAAUAGAAGGCUUGACAUCAAUGUCUUCUUUGGAGAGAAAAUCUGCUGCGAAGUAUCAUUUCUUUUUACUUGUAAAUGUGUUUCUUGGAAGCAUUAUUACAGGAACAGCGUUUCAACAACUCCAUAAAUUUUUACACCAGUCAGCAACAGAGAUACCGAAAACUGUUGGUGUAUCCAUCCCAAUGAAGGCCACUUUUUUUAUUACUUACAUAAUGGUUGAUGGUUGGUCUGGUAUCGCUGCAGAGAUCGUCAGAUUGUCUCCAUUAGUAGUUUUCCAUCUGAAAAAUACAUUCUUGGUGAAGACAGAGAAGGACAGAGAGGAGGCGAUGAAUGCUGGUUCUUUAACUUUUGCUGAAUCAGAACCUCGCAUACAGUUGUAUUUUUUGCUAGGACUUGUGUACUCAACGGUCACUCCCAUAUUGCUUCCGUUCAUUGUUGUCUUUUUCGCAUUUGCCUAUGUCGUUUUCCGCCACCAGAUCAUCAAUGUAUAUGAUCAGAAGUAUGAGAGUGGGGCAACAUUUUGGCCAGAUGUUCAUCGACGGAUCAUAAUUGCGUUGAUAAUAUCACAACUUCUGUUGAUGGGAUUAUUGAGCACAAAAAAGGCAACCAAAUCAACACCGCUUCUAACUUUACUCCCCUUUCUAACAGUCUGGUUCCACUUAUUUUGCAAGGGGCGUUUUAACUCAGCAUUUACAGAGUUCCCAUUACAAGAUGCCAUGGUGAAGGAUACUCUAGAGAAGGCAACAGAGCCGAAUUUCAACUUGAAAGCGUACCUGGAGGAAGCAUAUGUUCACCCACUUUUCAAGGCUGCUGAACUGGACAGACGGAUAUCCCUCAAUGAUGAAGAAAACAAUCCACUAGUUGCAACCAAGAGAAACGCAGCGACGGGCAGUAAAUAUCCUUCAAAUGAAGGUAGUCCUAAACAAGUUCCUUUGGAUUGAUCUGGAAUCGCUUGAAUCCACCUUACUAUCAGUGUCAUAUAUUUUCUUUAGUUAGAAAAUGUCCAUAUUACACAGUAGAAAAGCUUGAAAAGAUAUGUGAUAAGAUCAAGAUCAGAAGUAUAGGUGUGCAUAAUUAAGCAAAUAAAUGAUAAGAACAAUCUUGUUUA